AUGAACCUUGGCUCUGCUAAGGUUGCGCCACAGGAGGAGGAGGAGGAGGAGGAGGAGGAGGAGGAGGAGCGCCCGCGGGGGGCGGGGAAACAGCCGGGCUCAGCAUCCGAGUGGCGGGGGCCGGAGGCGGGGCCUGAGGCGGCCUCGGAGAGGGGCUCGCAGCUGCCUGGCGAGCCCGGGUCUCCGCCGCCGACGCAGCUCUCGGCGUCCGGUCAGGGGCCGGAACCCGAGCUCAGCUGGGCGUCAGGGCAGCGCGCAGAGCCGGCACCCGAGUGGCAGCAGCCGGCGCGGUCUCCAUCCGACAACCAGGUGUCCACGAAGCCCCGCUGCCACACCAACUGUCUGGAGGCGCCCCUGUCCCGAGCCUUCGGGAGGCUGGGAUGGGCGGUGGGCUCGCACCCCUGGGUCUUCCUGCUGCUGCCCAUGGUUUUGACUGCUCUCCUCGGCUGUGGCUUGAUUUACCUGCCCAAGGAUGCAGAAGAAGAUAUCGAGGAGCAGUACACUCCCAUAGGGAGCCCGGCCAAAGCUGAGCGACGCUUUGUGCAGGGCCAUUUCACCGCCAACGACUCUUACUACUUCUCCUUCUCCAGGAAGAGCACAGAGGUCAAUUAUGCUUUUGUUCUGGUGGUCUCCAACUCCGCCUCGCUGCUGCAACGAGAAAGCUUGCUCGAAAUUGAGAAAGUGGACGAGGCAGUGCGGGCUUUGUCCGUGAUGGGGGAAAACGGAACCCAGAUCCAGUACAAUGAGGUGUGCUCCAGGCACCAGGGCUACUGCGCCCCCUCCAACCCACUCUUGUUAGCCUGGAGAACAAACAGGAACUUCAACCUGCGCAACAUCACUUACCCCAUCUUCAGCCUAGCAGGUCGUAUCACCUACCUGGCCGGCGUCCUGGGAGGAACCGUCUUAGGCGAGAGUUUGGGCCCGAGCCAUUUACUCCUAGAGGCCAAAGCCAUGCGACUGGGGUACUUCUUGAAGACGGGAGAAGAGGACAACCAGCGGAGCAAAACCUGGCUGAUGCAUUUCCUGAACCAAGUGAAGGACCUGGAAAAGAGUCUGGCUUUGGAGACUAUCCAGGUGGUCUACUUUACAUCACUUUCUAGACAACUGGAAUUUGAGGCAACUUCUAAGACAGUGAUCCCCUUGUUUCACUUGGCAUACCUUCUAAUCAUAAUAUUUGCAGUCAUAUCAUGCUACAGGUUUGACUGUGUACGAAACAAAAUGUGGGUUGCAGCCUUUGGAGUGAUUUCUGCUGCCUUGGCAGUGGUGAGCGUCUUUGGCCUGAUGUUGUACAUUGGGGUGCCUUUUGUGACCAUAGUUGCAAAUUCACCCUUUCUUAUUCUAGGUGUUGGGGUUGAUGACAUGUUUAUCAUGCUUGCUGCCUGGCAGAAGACCAACAUCGUGGAUAACUUAAAAGAGCGGAUGUCUGAUGUCUAUUCCAAAGUGGCAGUGUCUAUUACCAUCACCACCAUCACCAAUGUCCUGGCUUUCUAUACAGGAAUUAUGACCUCUUUCAGGUCCUUACAGUACUUCUGCAUCUAUACAGGAACAACACUGCUCUUUUGUUAUCUUUAUAACAUCACCUGCUUUGGAGCAUUUAUGGCCUUGGAUGGUAAAAGAGAAGCGAUCUGUCUACGCUGGUUGAAGAAGCCAGAAACUCCCGACCAAAAAUGUUUGUCAUUAAAAAAAUCCUGCUGUAACCCAUGCAAUUCUCUCCCAGAGGAACAAGCAGAUGAUAUCCAUCCAAUGAAUUUGUUCUUUAGAGACUAUUUUGGUCCUUUUCUCACAAGACCAGAGGCCAAGUUUUUUGUAGUGCUUCUGUACACGCUGUACCUCAUACUUAGUAUAUAUGGGUGUUUCCAAGUGCAGGAAGGUUUAGAUCUUCGAAAUUUGGCAAGUGAUGACUCCUAUAUCACCCCAUAUUUUAAUGUCGAAGAAGAGUAUUUUUCAAUUUAUGGUCCCAGGGUCAUGGUCAUCGUUACUGAAGCUCUUGACUACUGGGAUGAAGCUGCUAGGCAAAAACUCGAAAAAUGUCUGCAAGAUUUCGAAAACAACGUCUAUGCGGAUAAAAAUCUUACAGAGUUUUGGUUACGAGAAUAUGUGCAAUUUAUGGAAAACCACCAACAAAAUGUAAAUGACAGGGAUACUUUUGUCCAACAUAUUCCCAACUUUAUAACAGACUUUCCACUUUUUGGAUAUGAUAUUAAUAUUUCAUCAUCACAUGAAAUCAUUUGUUCGCGGGCCUUCAUUCAGACCAUGGGCAUUUCUUCUUCAACCGAUAAAAAGAUGAUGUUACUUGAGUUCCGAGACUUGGCUAAAAGGUGUGAAAUUCCCCUAAUGGUGUAUAACCACGCAUUCAUCUAUUUUGAUCAGUAUUUUUCAAUAUUAGAGAACACGGUUCGAAAUGUAAUUGUUGCAUCAACAGCUAUGUUCAUUGUUUCCUUAUUGUUAAUUCCUCACCCGCUGUGUUCCUUGUGGGUGACUCUUGCUAUUGCUUCUGUGAUUGUGGGCGUAACAGGUUUCAUGGCAUUCUGGAAUGUCAAUCUUGAUUCUGUAUCCAUGAUUAAUCUUGUCAUUUGCAUAGGGUUUUCUUUUGAUUUUUCUGCGCACAUUUCCUAUGCCUUUGUUUCCAGUUCAAAUCCCUCGGUAAACCAAAAAACCAUUGAGGCGUUGUAUCUGCUAGGCUACCCCAUGCUACAGAGUGCCAUUUCAACAAUAAUAGGGGUGUCUGUGUUAUCUGCAGCUAAAGCAUACAUCUUCAGAACAUUUUUUAAGAUUAUGUUUCUUGUUAUGGUAUUUGGAGCUGCACAUGGCCUCAUUUUUAUUCCAGUAUUCUUAACCUUUUUUUGAGUUUGAAUAGCUACAAACGAAUCCAAGACCAAUUACAGAAGUCCUGAUUGCCCAACCCAACCUGAUAAAAAUGCACUAUGAAGAACAGUCAGUAAACUAAAAACAAAGGCCUGUUUGUUUGGCUUGUCAGUCGCAUUUCACAAUGUUAUUUAAAAUAUCCCGAGAGAAAUUAGUCUCACAUUAAAAUGUCUUUACUAAAUGGG